AUUCUCCACAUGCGCUAGUAGCAGGGUUUUAUGAACGUAAAGGUUUAGACACCACAUGGACUCCGUGAUUCUGGUUUCCGCCGUGGGUGCUGCCACUACUGAUGAAUUCGAUAAUUUCAAGUGCCCAUCAUCACAUUACGUUGCUGCAAUAGAUCAUCUAUGGCUGGGUUAUGCUGAAAUCUUCUCGUGAUUGAUAGUGUUAAGAUGGUAAUUCGCAGCAGAGAAGCAGAAUUGGUGAUACUUAUGGUGGGCCACUUGCUCUCGUCGAGAAAAUCGGCUCAAGGGUGUGCGGCAGAGCGUGCCAAUGGGUAGGUCAUCGAGCGGGUUGAAGGGAGGUGCUUCAGCAAAUUCUUGAAGCCACGAAUCGUACUUUCAUGUUUCUGAUGGAUGUCGUUGGUAUUCACAAAGGGGAUUUCGUUCUGAAGUUUGGCUUCGGGAUGGCGUUCAGGGUUUCACACAGUUUGUCAUCUGAUACGAAUUCAUAUGAUCAAUUGGUGUAUUUGGAAUGAGGUAGCUUUGUUUUGCCCCGAAAAUUUUCUCGGAUGGCUCUAAUUCUGAGGUCUAUUGCUCGGAGGGCUUUAGCUACUGCUCCAGUUGCAGAAGAAUUUUGCACCGGACGUGUAUGGAUUCCGAUAAUCCGAUCGAUAAGUACGGAGAGCACGGAGCCUGUGACUGACGCGCCUCCAAUGCUGAAGAAGCGCACGGUGGGUGUGUUUUGGGAUCUGGACAACAAACCUCCAAAGAAUGUCCCUCCGUUCAAAGCAGCGACGCGAUUGAUGGAAAUGGCUGCCGGAUUCGGUGAUGUUGUGGAUGUCGUUGCAUAUGCUAACCAUCAUGCUUUUUCUCACGUGCCCACUUGGGUUCACGAGGAAAGGAAGCAAAGGAAAAUGCUGGAUGAGCUGGAAGUGAAGGGGUUGGUAAAACCAGAAGAGCCUUAUGUUUGUGGGGUGUGUGGAGCGAAGAAGAAGACUCGAGCGGAGCUCACCAAGCACUUCAAGUCGCUCCAUGAGAGGGAACAGAAGAAGCGCAUGAAUCGUUUGGAAUCGCUCAAAGGGAAGAAGAAGCAGAAGGAGAGAUUUUGGGAUAACAAUGUGGAGAAAAUGACCAAGUACAAAGAGGCAGCUCGCUCCAUCAUUUUACCCAAGGUGGGUUAUGGACUGAUGCAGGAUUUGAGGCGAGCGGGAGUGUAUGUGAGAACCGUGGAAGACAAACCCCAGGCUGCUGACAUUGCACUCAAAGAGCACAUUACGAAAUCUGUGAAGAAAGGGGUGAAGUGCAUUUGUUUGGUAUCAGACGAUUCCGAUUUCACGCCAGUGCUAAAAUUGGCAAGAGAACGAAAUUUGCACACAAUUGUUGUCGGAGAUUUGCGAGUUCUAAGUGCUUAUGCAGAUACUUACUUCUCCUGGGCAGAAGUUGCGUCAGGGAUAGCUGAACAGAAAGCCAAGCGUGAGACGAGGAUGUUGAUGGCUGAUUUUUUGGGUAGAUUAGGUCAAAAACUCGAAAACCACAGGUACAAAGGAUUUGGUUUUGAUGAGGACGACGUAGAUGAAGAGGAGAGUGCGAGUGAUAGCGAGGCAGAAAUUGAAGAUGGAAAGCGCUGGCGUCAUCAUGAGAACGUCAUUCAUUCUGACGAAGAAGCUCAGGAUUUCGACUUUUUCAACGAUGAGAGCUCUGAGAGUGAUACAGAUGCAGAGCUCGGUAGUCGACCCCCCAGGCCGAGAACAUUGCCAAGCUUGGCUCCAGGCUUUACACGCAGAGUAGUUCUCAACAAAUCUAGGGGAUUUUCCUCGGAGAGAAUUCUACACACUGGUGAUCAUUCAUUUAAUGAUAUCAUCUCGGAGACUGAUGUUAGAGCGUCCUUACCGAAAGGAUCGAGGGGAGUACCAAGUAGAGAUAAAGCUCUUCGUAAAAGUCCGUCAUCGACCAACGAAGUGCCAGAGACAGUAUCAGUAUGUCUAGACGCCGAUACAAAGGAGGUCAGACCCAUCAAUGAAGUGACGUCAUCGAGCGAUGAAGCACCAGUUUGGGUCAAAUCGGAAUCAGUCGAUAAUAUUGUCAUUAAGUUUUUUUCCAGCUCUUCUACUAUUGAAAAGGAAACAGGGAUGGAAAGUGCUAGGAAGCAGCAAGUCAGAGAACAAGUCUUUUCAAGCGACAUCGACUCGGAUGCAGUAGGUUCGUCUGAUGGCGAAUGCCCUUCUAGUCAUGCUAGCAUAGGUCGGGGGAGGAAGAAGAGGAAGUUAUUUAAUGAGGAAGAGAAGAGGAAGAAGAAGCCAAAGAAUCAUUUUGGAGGAAGGUCAGAAGGUCCUAUACCCGUGUACAUGUCAGGCUUCGUCUCGGAAUCGGAAGCUGACUGUGAACGAAUUAACAGCUGGUAUUUCGAUUUUUGGAAGGAGGAGGUGAACGAAUACAAGGGCCGGAGAGUAAACAAGCACAAGAAGGACUGAUUCGCCGUUAGUAUAUCAGCUUCAAAUACAUUUAGAAGAUGCAUGCAAGCAGUUCUAGAUGAAUGUAGAACUGCUUGCUUACUUCAGUACAUCACGCCCGGAAAGGAAACACCAGAAUAUUUUGCGGAGGAUUUUGAUUGGCAGCAGCUAAACCAGAUACGUGGACAUCACCUGAUUAUAAUCUCAUUCAUGCAAACCAUUCAUGCAGAAGGAUGAUUACAAGAUAAUACAUGAGUCAUGGUUUCUAUGUGAAGAAUCUAUCUCACCUCCGCGGAGAAGGUACAACGUGCUCCUGAGCACUUCUUUUUAUCAAUUUUGCACAUUAUGCAAAUCUUUAGAGCUCUAUACUCUUGUAACAGAGAAGCAUUUGUUACAAGGAAGUUGUAAGGUCUGGUGAUGCUUGAAAUGUACAGCUUUGCACAAACUUUUUAUAGUGAAAGCUGGGCAUUACAUGUUCUUUUCAGCCCAGGUGGGCUAGAUAAAAAGUAUGACAGAUUUAAAAUUUCCACU